UUGAGAUGGAGGGAUGUGGAGUGUGUUGUGUGUGUGUGUUGUGGAUGUUUUUGGAUUGAUGGUUGCUUGUUUGUGUCUGUUGACAGUUCGAAUGCACGUUGAUGUUCCUUGUUGAAUCGGCGAGGUAUGUCCGUGUAUUUGUAGCUGGGUUGUUUGAGUGCAGGAGGUAGAGGGUGAAUAGAUCAUAUCUUCACUCUCCGACAGAUCCUAGAACAUAGACACACUUUUAUGCGUCCAACAAUUGCCAUAUUUCUUGACCUACAGGCGGCCUUCGACUCCGUGGAUCGAAAGGUACUUUCGCAAUGUUUGACUGUGAAAGUAGUGCCAGGAAAGUACAUUGCACUAAUCAAGGCACUGUACUCAAACUCACGUAGCCAUGUAAGGGCGUAUGGGGAAUUGUCAUCUGAAUUGAUAACAACCAGUGGUGUCGGUCAAGGAUGUCCACUUUCCCCUUUUCUGUUUAACUUCAUCAUAGAUAUGCUAAUGGAAGUAUCCUUAACUGAACUUAACGACUUAGGAAUCGACUUGUUACCGGGGAAUAGUCUUAUGGACUUAGAAUAUGCAGACGACUUAGUCCUGUUAGGGGAGGAUGCUGACAAAAUGCAGAGUCUUCUGAACACCUUGAGCAGCAAUCUUCGUAUGUUUUGCAUACGAUUCGCCCCUGUAAAAUGUAAGAUGCCGCUACAGGACUGGACUACGUCAACUCAUAGCUUCGUGAUAGGGAGUGAAAUGAUAGAACAUGUUGACCACUUCACCUAUUUGGGAAGUUGUAUCAGCACCAACGGAUUGAUUGGUGACGAAAUCUCAACACGGAUCCAAAAAGCUCGAGCUGCUUUCGCUAACUUAUGCCAUCUCUGGCGUAGGCGUGACAUCCGGCUAUCAACCAAGGGACGUGUAUACUGCUCAGCAGUUCGCUCCGUCCUUCUCUAUGGUGGUUAGACGUGGCCAUUGAGAGCGGAAGACAUUAAGAGAUUGUCUGUUUUUGACCACAUGUUUACGAUCUCUUUCUCACGUUAUGUGGUAUAAUAAAGAAAGUAAUGUUGACGUCAGGCGUAGAGUGUUGGACAAAGAGGGAAAAUCAAUCGAAGAGGCUAUAAAGUUACAUAGAUUGAGAUGGCUAGGUGACGUGCUGCGCAUGCCUAACCAUCGCCUCCCUCUCCCGACAGGCAUUACUAACUGAUAUAGGUAAGUGCAGGUUGGAAAAGAGUAAGUGGUGGUCAAACAAAAACAUGGCAUGAAUCCAUGAAAUCCCUGACGGUUGAACUGUGUCAGGUAGGAAGAUGCAGACUUCCGGGUUGGGGCCCUCGGGACUCCAAGAAUCAAUGGCUGGAGACACUAGGUGACAUGGCUCAAAAUCGCUGUCAAUGGCGCAGAUGUAUUCAGUCUCUGUUAUCUUUCAUAUUCCUUUCUAGCAUCAUUCAUUCGCUUUCACCCUCAUAAUUGUCAAAAAACUAUUGAUUCUCUUCACUCAUUUUCUUGCCUACAUUUGUGUGCACUUUGCAACGGGGUAACUCGAAAUGCUGCACUUCGGUGCCAAGCUCUAUGUUGAAUGAAGCCAGCCAGCCACCAGGAGGUGUUUCUAGUGCCUCUGUGCCGACCCACUGUCAUACAUAGAUGUUUUUGGGGUACUGGAGUGUAUUGCUCUGGUCUUACCCGUUCGUGCACAUUCCAUGUUCACCGUUAGUUAUAGAUAACUGUGAUCGUGUUGACAAACCGUGUGCGAAACAUGUUUAUCGUAUUGAUGAUGUGUAUGUGUAUGGAG